CGAAGGAUGACCCAACCGUCGAUGCCAAAUGCCGUCAUCACGGUCUCUGCUAAUUUGCAACCCGUGAACCAUUGAUGACGCCACUGUCUCCAGGGAGCUGGAAGAAUGGACCUGCGCUUGGAGAAAACCAAGAAAUUGAAAAUCGGCAACUUCCACUGAAUGCCAGCAGCUAAAGUCCAGCAGAAAGUAGUCAUCUUCGUUACAUCACCACGAAAAUGAAAUCUUCCCUUUUUCUUCACUGUCCCAUCGAUUGGACAGCCCCAUCUCAACCACUCUGGCCUGGCCCCCUUGUCUCCAAUCCGAAGAUAUCCAGUAUAAUAAUCUUCGGCAUUCCAGAUAUUGCUGUACAUGUUUAGUAUGGGUUGUCUGUGAUACGGAGUAAUAAAGUUCUCAUAACAGAAACGGAAAGUUCUGCAGGAGAAAGGAGUGUGUGUAUGUCAGAGGAACUUGCAGAAAGUUGGAGCCUUUUCAUUGUUCAUUUGUUCUUCUGUGAGAAACUUGCAGAAGUUUUCAGCUCUUCAGCCAACAGAGAGAGAGAGAGAUGUGGAAGCUCUGCAGGUUUUUGUUGUUCAUGGUGAGCUUUAGAGUGGGACAAGUGUCAGGGGCAGAUAAGUAUAGCCGGCAUGACUUCCCUCCCGGGUUUGUGUUCGGGGCUGGAACCUCUGCUUAUCAGGUCGAAGGUGCAGCAGAAGAAGACGGGAGGACUCCGAGUAUAUUCGACACUUACGCCCAUUCAGGGAUCACACGAGGAGCCAAUGGAGAUGUUGCAUGCGAUCAGUAUCACAAAUAUAAGGAAGAUGUCCAACUCAUGGCUGAGAUGGGAUUAGAAGCAUACAGAUUUUCGAUCUCGUGGUCGAGACUCAUACCGAAUGGAAGAGGACAGGUCAACCCGAAGGGCUUGCAGUAUUACAAUAACCUCAUCAACGAGCUAAUCAGCCAUGGGAUAGAGCCUCACGUGACAUUACACCACUCGGAUCACCCACAGGCAUUGGAAGACGAAUAUGGGGGGUGGAUAAGUCGAAGGGUGGUGAGGGACUUCACAGCAUAUGCAGAUGUCUGCUUCAGAGAGUUCGGGGACAGAGUUCGGCACUGGACGACUUUCAAUGAGGCAAACGUAUUCGUGCAGGUUGGCUAUGAUUACGGCCUUAUGCCUCCUCAGCGGUGCUCAAGCCCAUUCGGGAUCCUGGACUGCCAAAAAGGAAACUCCUCAACAGAACCAUACUUGGCGGCUCAUAACAUCCUGCUAGGCCAUGCUUCGGCUGCAAGGUUGUAUCAGAAAAAAUACCGGCACAAGCAAAAGGGAUAUGUAGGGUUGAACCUUUUGGGCUUCCAUUUCACUCCUUUCACCAACACGACUGAAGACAUUGUUGCGACUCAGAGGGCGAACGAUUUUUAUCACGGAUGGUUUGCGGAUCCCCUCAUAUAUGGGGAUUAUCCUGAGACAAUGAAGAAGAUUGUGGGAUCGAGACUCCCUUCCUUCGAUCAAAUCGAGUCAAGACUGGUAAAAGGCUCGGCUGAUUUUUUGGCGAUAAACUUCUAUUUUGCAGAAAAAGUGAAGGACAGUCCCCAGAGUUUAGAGAUCCAACCAAAGGACUAUAAAGCCGACAUUGCAGUAGAAUUGGAUUGUACGCCCAAUAAGUUUGUUCCUUUUUUGUAUCCGGUCAAUCCAUGGGCUUUACAAGGCAUACUGGAAUACUUCAAACAGAAGUACGGGAAUCCACCCAUGUACAUCCACGAAAACGGUCAGCGGAUGCAGAGGAACUCGUCGUUGGAGGACUGGCCAAGAGUGAAAUGCCUGCAAGGAUACAUUGGUGCUGUUCUUGACAGUCUGAGGAACGGCUCGGACGUGAGAGGCUACUUUACGUGGUCCUUGCUAGACGUUUUCGAGCUUCUGGACGGAUACAACUCGGGUUUCGGUCUGUACUACGUCGAUCUUGAUGACCCCGACCUGAAGAGAUGCCCGAAGCUCUCCGCCCGAUGGUACUCCCACUUCCUGAAAGGGGGAAGCCAGGGACCGGGCUCGGGCAGCUUAAUCGAGCAAUUGCAGGAUAAUUCAUCGUCUGUUUCUCCCGAUCAUGGACUGAUCCAUUGAAUUCUUCUGCACUACUUGACCCUAUGUACGAUCGCAUAUUAGUCCAUGGAAGAGUUAUCGAGUUCACCCGACUGUCCCGACAUUACAAGUUAUCCCAUGUACCAGUUUCUUUAUGAAAUUUAUUAGAUGUGUUCGGGAAAUUCUUGCAUAACUUUCCGAAUAUAAGAGACCAUCGCUUUCAAUCA